AUGAAAAAGCCGUACAACCGACCUCAGACAUCUCAGGGUCCCACUUGCUACCAGUGUGGCGGACCCCACCUGAAGAGGAAUUGUCCACAGUUGGCAGGCGGAGUAGGAGGGUCAGGCGACCAUCGCAAGUGUUUUAUAUGCGACAAACCAAGACACUUCGCCAAUAAUUGCCCAGAGAAGAAGAGUCUUGGCACGAAGAAACCAGCAUCAUCACCAGCAGAGCGAGCUAUGGCAGCGGGCAGAGUCUUUGCCCUGACCACCACCGAGGCUACACAGUCGGGUAAUCUUAUUCUUGAACCUUGUGUGUUGUUUGGUAAAGUAGUACUUGUGUUAUUUGAUUCCGGGGAAACCCAUUCCUUUAUUUCUAAUGUGUGUGUGGGGAGAUUGAAUUUGGUGACACGCGAUUUGGGAUGUGAGUUGCUUGUCUCAACUUCCUCCUCAGGUCAAGUGGCUACCAGUUCAGUCUGUGUUGGGUGUUCAAUAGAAGUGGUAGGUCGCAGAUUCAAGGUGAACUUGGUGUGUUUGCCUUUGGAGGGACUGGAUGUAAUCUUGGGGAUGGACUGGCUGUCUAACAAUCACGUCAUAAUUGAUUGUGGACGGCAGAGUUUGGUAUUCCCAGAACAUGAAGGAUUGGAACUAAUCUCGGCUCAGAGGGUGAUAAACGAAGUAGAAGCCGGAGCCACCUGCUUUAUGAUAGUGGCUCAUGCAGAGAAGAAUAGUAUCGCCGAGAAGAUCAUUGUGAUUUCAGUCGUGGAGGAGUAUGCCGACGUGUUUCCAAAUGAAAUACCCGAGUUGCCACAGAGUAGAGAUGUGGAUUUCUCCAUUGAUCUCAUCCCUGGAGCUGGCCCAGUGUCCAUGGCGCCCUAUAGAAUGGCACCAGCGGAGUUGGCUGAGUUGAAGAAGCAAAUUGAAGAUUUGCUUGAGAAGAAGUUCAUCCAGCCAAGCGCGUCACCCUGGGGAGCAUCGAUCUUAGUCAAACCAGAGGAUGUACAAAAGACGGCGUUCAGAUCACGCUAUGGGCAUUACGAGUAUGUAGUGAUGUCGUUCGGGGUGACAAAUGCUCCUGCUAUUUUCAUGGACUACAUGAACAGGAUAUUCCGACCGUACCUAGAUCAGUUUGUUGUCGUGUUCAUUGACGACAUAUUGAUAUACUCCGAAAGUCGGGAUGUACAUGCAGAGAAACUGAGAGUGGUGAUGGGAAUUCUUAGACAGCUUUGA